UAAUUCCAUCUAUCGUCAUUUCUGUCCUCUCUUUUGUAUGUACUACUAUACAAAUUUUGCAGAGAAACCCUAGUGAAAAACGCAAUACCAAAAUCGGAGAAAAAUGGCUUCCACCACCACCGCUACCGAAACAACAACCAAGAAAAACCCUAAGAAAACCAAUCUCUUGGACCAUCACUCCAUCAAGAACCUUCUUGAUGAAUCUGUCAACGAGAUUGUGAAAAGCAAAGGGUAUCCGGAAGAUGUGAGAUUGAGUAACGUAAGGUUGUUGAUUGGAUCAAUUAUCAUCGCUAUUGCUCUUGUUGCUCAGUUCUACAAGAAGGAGUUUCCUGCUAAUCGCGAUUUUCUCAUUGGCUGCAUUGUGUUGUAUAUCUUGUUCAACGGGAUACUACAGUUGAUUGUCCACACAAAGGAAAAGAACGCGAUUUUGUUCACCUAUCCUCCAGAAGGAUCUUUUAACAGCACUGGCUUAAUCGUUUCUUCGAAGCUGCCUAGAUUCUCUGAUUUGUACACACUUACAAUAGAAAGUGCUGAUCCCAAGUCCAUUUCCGCAAGGCCAAAAGUUGAAUUUACCAAGAGUGUCACAAAAUGGUUUGCCAAAGAUGGAGUUCUUGUGGAGGGGCUAUUUUGGAAAGAUGUUGAAGGCUUACUUAACGAUUAUGCAAAGGAACCUAAAAAGAGCAAAUAAAUGCAAUUUCAAACAUUUUGAUAGGAAUGUUGAUGGCAUGGAUAGCCAAUGAGAUUUGAAAACAUCAGUCACCGUCUUACUGGAUUUAUUAUCAUAUUAUAUCAUUAUUGAAGCAAAAAUUGAUCCAA